AUGAAGAAAGAUAUAAUAGCUAUUCAGAAAAAACUCGGUAUUAAUGCCAAAGCAAAUCAAGAAGCAGUGCAUCAAAGAAAGGAAGAGAUAACACUUGCCGAUUCAUAUGAGUUGUUUUUAGACUUGGUGGGAGAUAUGUUACCAAUACAGGAGGAACUCAAUAUCGAAGGCAGUCCCAUCCUAGAAGUGGAACUUAGGAGUUAUAAAGCUUCUAAGGAUAUUUCAUAUGGAGAAAUAUAUAAUUUACUUUUAUACCUGGAAGAGGAAAUAAUAGUAAUUCAGAAUGAACUCGGCAUUAUUGGUUAUUCUAAUCAAGAAAGGGCGAAAACAGUUGAUGAAAACAUAAGAGCACAUCUCAAAAAGCUUGAGGAAUUCCACGGUCCUUUAGAAGAUGAUCCAGUUGUGAUAUUACUGAAAUAUGGUGAAAUGAGAAUAGAGAAAAUUCGGGUUACUGAAGAGGGGCAUUCGCUAUUUCCAAAUCUUACCCCUCAACAAUUGCACGAAAUAUUAGUCUAA